AUGGCCCACCACUCCCUUGAGCUCUCUACCCACACCUACUUUGACGUCAAGAUCCAGCCCGAGGCUAUCGACUACGUCUUGGCAUCCACCCGCACAGCCGCCGCCUCUGAAAACGGAUCUCUCUCCGGCGUUGAAUACAUCGGCCACGUAGGCGAACUCAAAAACCACCUCCUCUACCGUGUAUCCAAACAGCAGCAGGAACCACCAUCACACAUGACCACCAAUACUCAGUCGACACCGUUCCCGUCCUCGAGCCUACAACAAGGGUCCGAUUGGGAAGAACAACGGAACCAACAUAUCGUAGACGCAAUCUCGGCUGUCCAAGGAGUCAUUCACGUCGAUAUCCAAAUCCCUCGACAGCGGAUCAAGAAGGACGAGUUGUAA